ACCUGUAUGGGAACUGCACACUGCGUCACUCUGGGACAUCAGCAGCAGCUCCAGAAGCAGCCGGUGUCUUCGCUCUGGCUAUUGAGGCUAACCCAAACCUGUCCUGGAGAGACAUGCAACACCUGUCAGUCCUGACCUCCAAGAGGAACCAGCUUCAUGACGAGGUGCACCAGUGGAGGAGGAACGGCGUUGGCCUCGAGUUUAACCACCUGUUUGGCUAUGGUGUGCUGGAUGCCGGGGGGAUGGUGAAAAUGGCCAAUGAAUGGAAAACAGUGCCUGAGCGUUUCCACUGUGUAGCCGGUUCCAUUCAGGAUACCCAUAAAAUCCAGUCUGGAAACAGGCUGGUGCUAGCCAUCAACACUGAAGCCUGCCAGGGGAAGGACAACUUUGUCCGCUACCUGGAGCACGUGCAGGCGGUAGUCACCGUCAACGCCAGCCGCCGUGGCGAUCUUAACAUCAACAUGACCUCUCCCAUGGGCACAAAGUCCAUCCUGCUGAGCCGAAGACCCCGCGACGACGACUCCAAGGUGGGCUUCGACAAGUGGCCCUUCAUGACCACCCACACCUGGGGCGAGGACCCCCGUGGGACCUGGGUCCUGGAGGUGGGCUUUCAGGGGGAGGAGCCACAGCGCGGGGUCCUGAAGGAGUGGACUCUCAUGCUGCACGGAACACAAAGUGCCCCUUAUAUAGACCAGAUAGUGCGUGAUUAUCAGUCCAAACUGGCAAUGUCUAAAAAGGAGGAGCUGGAGGAGGAGCUGGAUGAAGCUGUAGAGAGAAGUCUGAAGAGCUUGCUGAGUAAAAACAACUAAAAAAAAAAAAAAAAAAAAAAAACCCAUCUGCAUGUUGUCAAAUCUUUCUCUUUCUCCCUCUGCAAUCUUGCUCAAAUCUGUCUCUAAAUCUCACAUGCAUCACCUCAGUUCUUCUCACUCGAUGGUUAUCCUCCUUUUCUUCUACCUCUUAUCCCCUCCUCACUCCGCUUUUUGUUCUCAAGUGUUUCAAUUAGCCCCCAACCUUCGAUGAACGUGUGUGUAAUGGAACCAUCAUUCAAGUGUAACUUUUAAUAACUGUUCUAGAGAAAUGAAACUAUCUCACCAUGAAUUUUGACACUCCACAGAACUGUACAAAAACGGAAUACAGUCCACUCUUUCAUGCUCUUGCUUUGACUGCCCUGCACCUCUCUUCUGCCGACUGUUGUACAGUUUGUGACUGUAAAGGAUUUUCUGUGUCAUUCUACUUAAAGUUUAUUAUCUUGCAAACAGAGCAGUGAUACUUCUUUCUGAUGAUAUUUUUAUGUGACACGCACUGUUUAUAUAAACUAAGAAAGGAAAUAUGUAUUUUAUUUUGCAGCCUGUGGUCCUCGGUUCAUCUUUCAUAAUCUUUGACGUAUACUAUAAUAAAUCUAUUCAGCUCUUUAUUAAAGCACUUGAGUGAUUUACAACACA